AUACUUCUAAAACCAGGUCCAAGGCUCAAAGUUCAAACCCCAUUUCUUAAUCUAUGGAAGAAGACAAUCGGCAGGAAUUAAAGGCAGAAGAAGAAGCUUCUGCUACUGCUUCGAUCCAUGGAGAUAUCUUGGAGAUUAUCCUCUCGUACGUUCCUCUCAUCGAUCUCGAGCACGCACGUUGCGUGUCUGACACCUGGAAUCGCGCCGUUUUCUCGUCUCUUCGGCACCUGAAACCCAUCAAGCCCUGGCUCAUUGUCCACAAACAGAGCACCCGCCACCCUUACGCCACGACGGCUCACGCGUACGACCCGCGGUCCGGCGUGUGGUUGAAGAUCGAUCAGCCGCCGAUCAAUCAUGUCUCGGCCCUCCGGUCUUCGCACUCGACCUUCCUCUACAUGCAGUCCUCCCUCCAGUUCGCUUUCUCAUUCGACCCGCUCCACCUUAAAUGGUACCGCGCCAACCCCCCGCUCGUUUGGCGGACAGACCCGAUCGUUGCGCUGGUGGGCCACCGCGUCGUUGUCGCCGGCGGAACCUUCGAUUUAGGUGAUGAUCCUCUUCCGUUGGAAACCUACGACCUAAGGACCGGUAAAUGGGACAUUUGCCAAUGGAUCCCCGCCGUCCUCAAGGAUUCCACCUCUUCCACAUGGCUCUCUGUAGCCGUGGACGAGCACAAGAUGUACGUGACAGAGAAAAGCUCCGGCAUAACGCACUCUUUCGAUCCCAGCACCAAGACCUGGUACGGGCCGUACGAUCUGCGACCAGGUAGGCACGUUUUCUCCUCUGCGAUUGGAUUCGUCAACGACAGCAUGGUGGUGGUGGGCCUAAUCGGAGACAGCGAGAAUGUGGAAGGCGUAAAAUUGUGGGAAGCCAUGAAGGGGACUGAAAUGGUGGAGUUAAGGGAGAUGGGCGAGAUGCCUGAGGAGCUGGUCGGAAAGCUGAAAGGGGAGAGCGCUUGCCUACCGUCGAUUGGGUUGAAUACGAUGGGUCAAUUCGCGUUCUUGCACAACCCAUCGGAUCCAGGGGAGUUGAUCUUGUGCGAGGUCGCCGACGGUGCAUGCAGAUGGGGGAGUGUUCGGAAUGUUGUGGGCGACGACGAGAGUCGGAUGCAGCGUUUAGUAUUCACAUGUUCGGACGUAGGACUCGAAGAUUUGCACGAUGCAAUCUGCUCUGGGAAUCGAAGAUUCACUGUUAAGGACAAUAUCGUGGAUUAACAACGAGGAAGUGGAACGGAGACACUUGUGGCAGCUGAUGUUUGGUAACAGGAAAAGAGAGAUUGAUAGUACUGUAAUUCUUGUGUGGAUUUUUUUUUUUUUAAGGAGUUUAUCUUAGUACUAUGUAAAUUACUUUUUUGGUAAAUUCGAACUUUUUGAAAACAAAAUAUGUGAAAUUCGUAUGUUUUAAGACUAAGAAAUAUUAUUCAAUAAAAAAAUGAUUCAUUUAUAAUUA